AACAAAUAGUUUUGAGCUGAACGAUGUUUUCUCUCUGACUAGAGAAAACAAAAGAGAGAUAUGUGCGGAAUCGCUUUGAUCGUCUCCGGUGUUCGCAUCGAUUUAUUACAUUUACUUCCCGAUUUUAAAUCUUCACUUCCCGAAGUUGAACAAGUGGACCAGCCCGUUUUUUCAUUCGAUGAUAUUAAAGCAGCUCUGCUAAGAAGGGGUCCUGACAACUUUGGAAGCAAGAAGGUAUUACUUCUGUUAAAGAGUUCAGACUCUUCUAAGAAAGAAGAAAUUAUAUCUCUCUUCAAUGCAGAUGGCACAACCAAUAGAGAGAACUCCUGUUUGCAUUCCUCCAGAAUUAAAAAUGAUUGCAUUCCUUCUACCAGUGGAGUUACUUCUGUACAAAGCAAUGAUUGCAUUCUGGGGAAAUCUGUUGCAGAAUUGCUCUUCUUUGGUGCCACAUUGCAACUUCGGGGAACCAAUCAAGUCUAUCAGCCACUGGUGGAUGGUUAUGGAAAUCUUCUUGUUUAUAAUGGUGAAAUAUUUGGUGGAAUUCAUGUUGGUAGUAAUAACAAUGAUACUGCAAUUCUUAUGGAUGCUCUUGGAAGAUGCUUCUCUUGCAACUGCCAAGGAGACAAAAAAGCAUGCUAUUGCACUAAAGGAGGGCAAAAUUCUGUGCCAGAGCUUCUUUCUAAAAUCAAAGGGCCAUGGGCAUUAAUUUAUUGGCAGGAUAGUUCCAAAACCAUGUGGUUUGGUCGUGAUGCAUUUGGAAGGCGGAGCCUCCUUGUUCAUUGGCCAACUGCGGAUGAUUCUCGCUUUCUGCUAUCUUCUGUAUCACCGCCUUUAUCUUACAAGAAAAAUCUUGAUUUAGAGCUUGAAGGCAAUAUGAGUGACCUCAGUUUCUGGGAAGAGCUUCCAUGUGGGAUAUACAGUAUAUGUCUGGAUGCUUCAAAAGCCAAUGAUUGUCUAGUUGGUGAAGUUAGAAAACAUGAAUGGAGUAAUCCUGAACUGAAGGAACUGAUUGAAUGGGAGAGAACUUUUGUGGAACCAAAAUCUGAACAUUUGAAUUUCCCCCAUCUUCCUGUUGUAGGGGAUCAGCAUGCAAUGCAUUCAAAUUAUGUUGAUGGGAUGCCUUCUAAGUUGAGUUUUGAUCAUGAUGUAAAGCAUGUAAAAACAGAUAUUCCAACUGUUCCAGUGAAUAAUACCAUCCUUUCAGAUUCCUGUUUGAGUUACAAAGGGGUCAAUCAAUGCUCUGAUUCAUUACCAGCACAGAGGGUGCUUCUUGCUUUGAAAGAAUCUGUUAAACGGCGCAUCACUCUGGAAAGAAUGUUUCAGACAACUGCCAAUGAGGUUAGACCAGAGAAAUUUGUUCCAGUGGCAGUUCUUUUUUCUGGUGGAUUGGAUUCUAUGAUACUGGCAGCACUUUUGGAUGAAUGUCUGGAUCGCACUUAUGAGAUUGAUCUGCUUAAUGUAAGCUUUGAUGGGGAGUCUGCUCCAGAUAGAAUCUCUGCAAGGGCAGGGGUAAAGGAACUACAAAGAAUUGCACCUUCAAGAAGGUGGAACCUUGUGGAAAUUGAUGCUGAUUUGUCAGAUUUGACCUCAGAAACCUUGCAUGUCAUGUCACUCAUAAAUCCUGCAAAGACAUACAUGGACCUGAAUAUUGGGAUAGCAUUAUGGUUGGCAGCUGGCGGCCAUGGUUGGGUGGAUAGAGGUGUUUCAAAUAAUCAUAAUGAGGGUCAUGGGCGUUCUAUGUACAAAUCUGAGGCCAAAAUUCUUCUGGUUGGUUCUGGUGCUGAUGAGCAAUGUGCUGGAUAUGGCAGGCAUAAAACAAAAUAUAGAUUGGGCGGAUGGCUUGGACUGCACGAAGAAAUGAAAUUGGAUAUGCAUAGAAUUUGGAAAAGAAACCUAGGGAGAGAUGACCGGUGCAUUUCUGACAAUGGCAAGGAGGCUAGAUUUCCUUUCCUGGAUGAAGAUGUUAUCAGAACUCUGCUGGAUAUUCCUCUCUGUGAGGUUGCUGACCUUGAUCAGCCAAUUGGAAGAGGUGAUAAGAAGAUUUUGAGAGAGGUUGCAUGGUUACUUGGCUUAAAAGAAGCUGCAAGUCUUCCCAAGAGAGCAAUCCAGUUCGGUUCCAGAAUAGCUAGAGAAUCUAAUCGAAAGAAUUUUGGGAGCAACCGUGCAGCAAACCAGGCUUCUGCAGGGAGCCUAGUAAUUCACAUGGAAACGAAAUUUACUUGAUGACAUGUCUGAUCUAUGAUAGUAUGAUGUCCAUGACUCACCACCUUGUUUUCAUGAAGGCCACUUCUAGCAACGGUUACCAGUGGUUUGUAACUCCAUAACUGCUCACUGUUUCAGGCCAUGAAUGCAUCUUGUUAUCUGCUAUUAUCAGUUUUGCUGGGUCUGUGUCAGCCUAAUUCCAGCCAGUUGAUAUUAUUCUGCUGAUGUCUUACAAAAAUGAGCAACCAGUAUAAUUGCAUCAGAACUGCCAUUCUGCUAUUCCUCAUGAACUAGUUGGUAAAAGAAACGGUAUAACGUUGAUGAAAGAACUUGUGAAAGAUCUGAAGUUCUUACAAGUGGUUUGUUUCUCAUGUCAUUUCUUUUGUUGUACCUGUGAAGUGAUGUCUCAAAAUUAUCCAGAAAGCCAAUUGGUCGGAUUGUCAUUUGUCAGUACUUUUUAGCUUGAAACCAGAAGUUCUCACUGGAUCUUUGAUUGCAGGUAAUUCACACUCUGGUAGCGGAAUCCUGCUGCCCUGAUUCUUUGAGCA